ACGGUCUCUCAGAUAGAGAGGCAGAGAGACGCAGAGAGACCAAAGAGAGAGAGAGAGAGAGAGAAAGGAGGGCUGCACAGAGUUGGACUGUUUCUACUGUACUACCGUGCGUGUGUGUGAGUGUGUAUCUGGAGACUGGAGAAAAGGAAACACACCCGAAGAGGAUGAAAAAGUGACAAAAAAGCCUGAAGCAGCAUCUCUGAGCUGAACUUUGAUUCCAACCAGCAGCAGCAGAGUCGUCAGUGCUCCAUGAGCGGAAAAUCGAAAAGCAAAGAGGAUAGCUCGAAAGAGCCCCAGUUAAAGGGCAUUGUGACCAGGCUUUCCAGUAGCCAGGGCUUCCAGCUGCAGAUGCAGCCCGAUGGCACCAUUGAUGGAACCAAGGAUGAGGACAGCACAUAUGCUGUGUUCAACCUGAUUCCAGUGGGGCUUCGUGUGGUGGCAAUCCAGGGCGUCCAGACCAAACUCUACUUGGCAAUGAACAACGAUGGCUUUCUCUACACCUCUGAACAUUUUACCCCGGAGUGUAAGUUCAAGGAGUCCGUGUUCGAGAACUACUACGUCACCUACUCCUCCAUGCUGUACCGGCAGCAGGCCUCAGGCCGGGCCUGGUACCUGGGACUCAACAAGGAGGGAGGAAUCAUGAAGGGGAACCAUGUGAAGAAGAACAAGGCCGCCGCACACUUCAUACCGAAACCGCUCAAAGUGGCCAUGUACAGGGAGCCCUCCCUCCAUGACCUGACAGAACUCUCACGGUCCGGCAGUGGCACGCCGACCAAGAGUCGGAGCGCUUCGGCCCUACUUAACGGCGGCGGGAAAUCACCGAGCAACAAUGACUUAUCCUAGCCCCACACCCCUCACACACACACACACACAAUAAUGCACACAGACACAUGCGCACACACAAAUCUCAGGCGGAGAGAAGACGCCCAGCAACAAUACCUUAUUCUAGCCCCCUUAUACCCCACACAGACACACACAUACACAUGAAUACACAUCCAAGCAUACACACACACGUGGAGUCACACACAGAUCUCAGGCCGAUACGCCCACACAUCAGGCUGGUGAGGGUCAGGAGACGAGGGGAACGGAGGAGGACAGGAAGGUGUUCUUCCACUUUCACGGAGCCCGCUGUGACUGACUGUGAUGUAAAUAAAUCAAGGACAAUCAAGCCGUCUGACUCUGCUGCUGUGGUGCGCAGACGGACAGGACCUGUGGAUCUCUUCCCUUGACGACUCGUCCCACUGGGCACCCAGAAAGAACGAGGGAGGGAGAGGAGGAGGGAUGGAGGGACUCAAGUCAGUCAGUCAGUCAGUCACACAGUCCUAUAAACAGACUGUUACAGAGAACCAAAGAGUCCAAGUAUUAGCUCACAAAGUUAUCGCUACAAAAAAUGAGGCAAGUGACAAGAAAGAUCCACAGAGGGGAGGAGGAAGGUCUUUAUCUACUCUACCGUACGCUAUGUUUACACAGAGUUUAUGGGGUUAAGUCAUAUUUUUAAAAAUGGCAAUCGUAUUCCUCGUACACUUACAAGGACUGAUCAUUUGUUUGGAUGCAGGUGCGCCUGUGUGUGUGUGUGUGUGUGUGUGUGUGUGAGUGGUCAGGGUUAGCGUGCCAUGCUCUGCUCUUGCAGUGGGUGUGGGUUUGUGUGUGUGUGUGGGCAAUUGAGAGUGUGUGUGUGUGUGUGUGCACGCAUGUGUCUGGGGGGGUGGGAUUUUACCUUUUUAAGAUCUGUUGUAUAUCAGACAAAACUCCUGAGGGCUUUAGCAGGUUAAAGUAAGGUUUUACUGUAUAUGCUUCCAUGCUUACUUCUUACAAGCAAUGCUGUUGUUUAUCUUUCCGUUCGUUGUCGUUGUCCCUCGCUGUUUGUUUGUUUGUUUGUUUGUUGUUGCAUGGAAGCUUGUUGACCUCUGCUCAGUAGCAGCAUGCCGAAGGUCCUUUUUUUUCUGGUCUUACGUGUUCCUGACCAAGAGAGAACACUAGUGAGCCAAUAGUGUCAUACCACAACACUAGUGAACCAAUGUGAGGUUGUUAGAACACUACUGGACCAAUAUUAUUGCACCAGAACAUGAUUGGACCAAUGGUGUUGGACCAGAACUUUGGUGAACCAAUAGGAGCACAUACUUACGUAAUAUUUUGGUUCCUGCUUUGGACAAACUAGAAAUGCACUAAAUAAACUAUUUCUAAAGAAGUGAA